GCUCAUUGAUGAAUGAAUCGUCAGAGGUAGAAGUCAGAAGAGCUGAUAAAUAGAGAUGACGAGAGAGAGAGAGGAUCUUCGUCCUGAGCCUCGCUGCUGCUGCACCAUCCUCCUCCUCCUCUGCUUCCUCCUCUUCAUCAUCUUCAUCAGCUCACGAUGUUCCCGCCACUGGUCCCCAUCGUGCUGCUGACCUUGCACGCGGCCCUCGUGGACUGCGCCCUGACCUUUAAGCAUACGGACCCGUCCACGGGCACGCAGCUGGUCUGCGAGGGCUGCGCGCCCGGGACCUACCUGCGUGCGCCCUGCAAGGCGACGAGCAGGAGCGAGUGCGCGCCGUGCCCGCCGGGCUCCUACACGGAGCUGGGGAACUACAUCAGGAAGUGUUUACGUUGCAGCGUGUGCGGGCGCUACGAGGUGGUGCGCACGGCCUGCACCGCGCACAGCAACACACAGUGCGCGUGCAAGGAGGGAUUCUACCUCAACAAACAGCACGACAUCUGCAUGCGCCACAGCGCGUGCCCGUCCGGACAGGGAGUGCUGAGCAAAGGUACAUCUGACGAGAACACCGUCUGCCACGUCUGUUCCAACGGAACCUUCUCCGACGGCGUCUCUGCUCAUCACAACUGCACCAAGUCCCAGAGCUGCGACUGCCCCAGGCAGCACCUGCUGCUGAGGAGCGCCCCCUGGCACGACAGCGUGUGCACGAGCUGCGAAGAGCUCAGAGACGGAGCGAGCCACCUCAGAGAAAUCCUCCCGGCUUUCUUCGUCCACCACUCAAUGUCCGUCAAGCGGUUGCGUCGGCUCGUACACCACCUCCCCUCCGAGGACGGCAAAAAACAGGGAGUAACGGCAGCACUCCAACUCCCAGAGCUCAACGCCCGCGUCAACGCCUGGAUCGCCUCUGCUGCCGAGAAGCAGAUUCGUCAGCUUCCGGACGUUCUCAAGACAAUCGGCGCAGAGAGCUACGGCGAGAGGCUGCAUAGCAAACUGCAGAGGAUCGACGCUGCCAUGAAGCAGCUGUGUGGAGCCGAGGGGAACGAGGUGGAUGCAGUUUAAUGUCAGAGUAGGACGAGGUAGCCAACAUCUGGACGCAGGUAUCAAAAGGUUUGACUGGUCCAGGGUUUUUCUUGAAUCAUUAAAAGUGUGCUAAUCGAGAUGCACUUUUCAUUACAGGCUGUUUUUUACUUUUUGCUUUAGUUAAAGGAGGAAACCGGUCACUCCGAGGUAAAGGGACUUCUUUAACUUCCUUCUGUGAAAUGAAUUCUCCUUCCUGUUUCCCAGCAUUCCAGUUUCUCCUCUGUUUAUUCCACGUGACACAGACAGCUGCUGUCCUGGGACGGCAGAAUGAAUAAACAGACGUUUUAUGAAACUAUACGAGGGAACGUGUCAUUUCAGGUCAGCUGAUCGAGGAAAGAGUGGAGGGUUAAAAAAAGUGGAAAAGUCUUACUUUUGUUUUUGGGUUCCAUCCCUCAUACGUAUGAAUGGAAGUACAUGCAUGUGCCUAAUGGCAGUUUUAAGUUAUACAUUUGUAAUAUAUUGCCCGUGAGCAUUAGCAGCUAAAAACAGUGGUAUUACUCUUUCAAAAAACCCGGUGGCCUUCAGUGUAUCUACCUCUUCUUACGUCUGCAGUUAAACGCUGAUGUGCCGCCGCUCCUGCUUCUUCCAAACCCUGCUUCCUGUGUGAUGAUUAAACAUGUGAGUUUAUUACAUCAUUUAUUUAUAAUUCUAGUUGAAGUUGUAUCUGAUGAGAAUCAGAGAGUGGCUCCUGUUGUUCGCCACUCCUUAUAUUUUUAUACGCAGAGUUGUACGUAAGUGAAGUUUGUGUGUCUGCUUUGAGUGAUGCGCAAAUAAAAUUGAAUACACAAUUUAA